GCAGUUCCUGGUGGUACGGCCCUACGGCUCGCCGCUCCCGGGGGUGGCCGAGCGGAAACCCGCCUCCAGCCGCCCGGCAGCUAGGAGAAAGCCCCGGCCAGGGCGGGGGGAGAUGCGCCUCACCCUUGCCAACAACGGCAAGCCGCGGCCAUCCUUAAUUACCAAUUAGCUCGUCCCCAGUCAUCCCCGGCAAGCACUGUCCCAUGCACGCUGACCCGCCGCCGGCAGCUCGCUAGCCGGCAGCCGACGGCUCUUCCCGCGGUGCUGGCGUGCGGGUCGCUUAAGCCAUGGGGAAUGGGAUGAACAAGAUUCUGCCUGGCUUGUUCAUUGGCAACUUUAAAGAUGCCCGAGAUGUAGAGCAACUGAGUAAGAAUAACAUUACGCACAUUCUUUCAAUCCACGACAGUGCCCGUCCUAUGCUUGAGGGAGUGAAGUAUCUGUGCAUUCCUGCUGCUGACUCACCCUCGCAGAACUUGGCAAGGCAUUUCAGAGAGAGCAUCAAAUUUAUCCAUGAGUGCCGGCUUACAGGUGAAGGCUGCCUAGUUCAUUGCCUUGCAGGUGUCUCCAGGAGCGUAACACUGGUGGUCGCCUACAUCAUGACCAUCACAGACUUUGGUUGGGAAGAUGCACUGUCUGUUGUCCGUGCAGCGAGAUCCUGUGCCAAUCCUAACAUGGGCUUCCAGAGGCAGCUACAGGACUUCGAAAAACAUGAUGUUGAUCAGUUCAGGCAGUGGCUGAAAGAAGAAUAUGGGGAAAACUCUUCUCAGGAUCUGCAAGAAGCCAAAAAUCUUCUGAGCAAAUAUAAAGAGCAGGCAGAGUUGCAGCAGAAUACUGGUGGAAGACAGUGGAAUAACAACUUCUCAUCUGUGCCAUCUCUCUCAUACAGCAACUAUACAACAGAGACCUAAUCGUAGGAGGUUGAUUUUUGUUUUUCUUUCUACCUUUGAAAAACAUCUUGCCAUAAUUUCCAUCCCAUCUUCAAGACUCUCAGCAGUAAUCAUGCAAACAGUUGAUUUGUGGAAAGCUUCUGGAUGAAAAUACUACAUUGUGUGUGUGUAUGAGUGUGUUUGACACAGUUUUAUAAUUUUGGCAGGAUCAAGCUCUGUGUAUGCCCAGAGACACGAUCCAAUUACUGUGGCCAAGCCAGUGUGUCAGCCAGCCACAGCUAUUAUUCCCUUAUGCCCACAUUGCCUGGCAUUUGCUGUGAGGUCAGCUCAACUCCUUUCGUUGUAGGCUAGCAAAGGGCUCCGAGAGAUGAAGUCUGGUGAUUCAGGCUGUGGCAGUUUGACAUCUCUGUGCUAUUAAUGUGGCAAAGAUGUUAUUGCAGCUGAAGAAGGGAACUCAAGUCUGCAUCUCUGCUGCUCCUGUUCACAGUUCAUUGGCAAGUCAUACCGUGGAGGUGGGCUUGAACUUGAAUGCUAGGCUGUAAACUGGAGCAGGUGAGAUUUGGGCACAUGUACCUUUCUACCAACAGUAGCAUCUAGGAGAGAAGUGGGACAGACAGCUCUGAGUAAUAACAUCUUCAACUGCCACAGUUGCACUUGCUUCAGUGCACGUGAGACAGAGCUGUCGGUAGAACUGCCACAGACCAAAAGCACUGAGACUGUUACCACAGCUCAACUGAUGUGCAGUGAUUUAAGCUGUGGUCCCUUGAUUGUGCAUCUGGUCUCCCAACAUAAGCUUCUUUGGAGAAUCAUUUAUCAGGUCUCCAGCGCCGCUGAACUUCAUUCCCCGUGGAACACGUGCCUCUUCAACACAUGCCCCUGCGCACAUGCUAACGUGUCUCCAAAGAGUGGGCUCGGUGUGAGUGCGAGCACCUGUUUCUUUGCUUGUGCUGUGGUUUGCUCUUUGACUUCAGCUACCUCAAAAAUGCUGUUCUUGUCAUUGUGGUUGUAAAUGCAACCUUGAAAAUUGCCUUGUGUAAUCUUAAUCUGACACUGAGUGAAGUAAGUGGAGGGGGGGGUGUGUGUGUGAGAGAGUGUGCGCAUGUAUAUUUCACAAUGUCUGUAUUUGAGAAGUUUAUUGUUUUCUUGCCCCUAUUUCUCACUGGUUUAAAAAUUGAGUUGUUUGAAUUUAACUUUCUGCCAUUUUACAACCACUAUAUAUUUUGCUGUGGUCAGAUUUGUAGGAAUGCAUUUGUAAAAUACAUUUUAAACUAGGUUAAAACUAGGGGCCAUACUCUGCUCUUGAUAACUGUGUGUGUUUCUGGAAUGGAGCCGUUGCCUGACUCAAGUGUAUUCGAAGAGUGUGACUUCAAAUAUGUCACCAGGGAUGUUGGGCAGUGUAUUGAUUUCUGAUAGUGUAACGGGGGGUGGCACUGAUGCCAAGAUCAUGGUUUCUUGUCUUUGACUCAGAGGGUGAAAGGCCUAUUUUUCUUGAAGAUCCAGAAAAUAAAAAAUACCUCCCAAACAGCCAGGAUAUUUCAUAAAGAGAAACAAAACCAAACCCCUCAUUUGUUUAAAUGUGGUCUAUAUCAUAGAAAAAGCUGAGCACUGAGUGAGAGGCAGUCAACAUACUAAAUAGACUGUUGUCUCUCUCAAUUUCUUUGGUAUUCUGACCUCCCAUUCCUUUAAAAAAUCCCUCUUCAUGUGAUUUCCUGCUUGCUUUGGUGGCAGUGAAUUCUUUGGAUGGGAGCAAGGCUUUUGGGGUCAAGUGACCUCUGGCUGUUAAAUUAUCUGUUGUUAGAUACCUUCCAAAAAUAUCUGUCAUGGUUCGGGAAAUAAAAAAGGGAAUGGCGUGGAACUGGCCUGACCAUUUCAUCUGAGUCCAAGCCUUCAUCAGGGUUCUCAUUGCACCAAGUGCUUUAGGUGUACUGAACACAGCGAGAGCAGGAUAAUCAUGUCCGUGUUGCAGUAAGAGAUGCUGUUGGAUUUGGGAAAGGUGCUGGAAUUUACUUUGUUUUCAAGCUUGUAGCUAAAUGAACCACUACCUAUUUGGGAUAUCUGGCAACUGUUCUGUGUUUGCCUGGUAACAGAAGUAUUUGGCUUUUCUGAAAGAUGUUGAUCUGCCAAUAAUUGGCUGUUUAGGAAUUCCAGCACAGCAGUGGCCACGUUGGCAGUUGCCUCUGAGAGUGGAUGUGGUAACUGGAAAACACUUCCCUUGGUGACGGGGUCUGAACACGUGUUCAGGAUGCUGGUCCAUUUGUUCAGCCCUCUACUCACAGUAGGAUAUGUAGUGCAACUUCAGCCCGUCCACAAAGGGCGGGUUUGUCAAAAGCAUUCUGCCUACGCUCUUGCAGGUAUCCAGUCAGUCCAUCCUGUAGCUGACUGCCAACUAUAUGUAGGCCAUAACAUUCCUGGCAUUCCCGUCCUUGCGGCAGUAACCAUGUGAGUGCUGGUAAGUUGGCAAUUACUUUUUUCUAUUCUGACAAAUACAAGGCAGAAUGGGAUACACCUGUUAAUGUUCAUGUGUUCAAGAUCAUUUUGUACUGAUUUUUUUAAUAGUUUGGUUGUCCCCAAAGUGUCAGUCACAGAAAUUUUUUUUUUUGAGAACUGAGCUUGGCUUUAGUGCCAUAUAGCCGCAUCCAUGUGCAUUAUGCUGCAACUGGAAAGCAGAUACAGGGUAAAGCAGGAAGACGGGGGGAGUGCCAUAUUGUUAGCAAGUGCUUCUCUCCUUUUUUUAAGACAGAAGAGGUAUUUUCUGUAGCAUCUUCAUUCUACAUCUUGCUUAGUGGGCUGUGCGUACUGCAUACUACAUCUAAGAGUGGUAAAAGAGCAGCAGCAAACUAAGAAAACUUGAAUUUGGUUUGCCCAUGUAGGAAGCAGAAUGAUAGCAUUUACUCCUUUAUUACCACAAGGUGCAUAAGAGAGAGUAGUUACAGUUCUCACCUUUGGCUUUCUAGAAAGGGAGAGGAGCUAACACAGACUGAGAAAGUGACGUGAUUUGUCUUCCAACCAGCCUUCCAGUGGCAGUUUGUAGGACUUUCCAGCUAUCUGGAACAUGACCAGACCCCAGUCCACCUCUCAGUAGCUGGCCUUUAUAGUGUAGAUGAUGCAUUCAGUUAUUCUGUUUCUGUAUUUCAAAACAUUGUCCUCAGUUUGAUGUUCACUGGAAAAUGUAUAAAGUUUAUAACACCCUAUUGGAUAUCCAGAUUUGAAAUGUAUAAUCGACUUUUUUGGGGGGGUAAACUUGAUAUCCAUGUGCGAUUAUAAGCAAAUGUUUAGUGUUAUACAAUGUAGGUAAUGGGUAAAUGCAUUAGUAUUUAUUACCCUGGUUUUUAACCUGGAAAGAGUUGCUUCCUUACGUUUUGUGGUUGAGUGGGAAGAUAUGGCAAAUCAUAUCUCUGUUUUUUUUAAAAGGACAGUAAUAACAUUGGUUGCUAUAAUGGUCACUGCCUAUAAAGAAGUCAGUGAAAAAUUAUAGUAAUUACUUCAGCUAGUUUAAAAACUCUAAACCUGGUAAGCUUCUUGAUUCUCUGUCUUCCUCUUCCUGGGCAUCUUAGCGAAGCCUUGAUUGCUUUUUCCAAAUGUUUGUAUUUAAUACGUUCUACAAUUUUUUUAUAAAUAAAAGUAAAUGUUAACACCU